AGUGUUUGUUAGGCUAAAACCGCUAUAGGAAGAAACCAAGCACAAAGUCAGAAGAUCCCACAUCUUUUUUCCUUUCCUUUUUCGCUUUCCUUCAACUUCCCAAAAUCUGGCAACCAUUGAAGGAUUGAGAGCUCGUUCAUCGUUUAAACCAGAGAUCUUCGAUUUUAACAGCAACAACCAAGAGUGUAGGCCUUGGCGUCGUAGGUUGUCAAUGGCUUUCUCCUGGGGCUCCUCUCUCAGGAUCACUCUUCUUCUUCUUCUUCUUGCUGCUACUGUUUUUGCUUGUUUUACCCUCCCUGUUGAAAAGAUUCUGAAGGAUUUUUUGUUAUGGGUUGACAAGGAUCUUGGACCUUGGGGUCCACUUGUGCUGGCUGUUGCUUAUAUUCCUUUGACAGUCUUGGCGGUUCCAGCUUCAGUGCUUACUCUUGGUGGUGGCUAUCUUUUUGGACUGCCUGUGGGCUUCGUUGCAGAUUCUAUUGGUGCAACUCUUGGUGCAGGAGCGGCAUUCCUUCUUGGCAGAACAAUUGGGAGAACAUUUGUUGUUUCUAAGUUAAAAGAUUAUCCUCAGUUCCGGUCAGUAGCAAUUGCAAUAAGGAGAUCUGGCUUUAAGAUUGUUUUGCUGCUUCGACUUGUACCCUUGCUCCCAUUCAACAUGAUGAAUUAUCUGUUGUCAGUGACUCCCGUUCCAGUUCUAGAAUACAUGUUGGCCUCCUGGUUAGGAAUGAUGCCAAUAACCCUUGUUUUAGUUUAUGUCGGAACAACUCUUAAGGAUCUUUCUGAUGUGACACAUGGAUGGAAUGAGUUUUCAACUGCACGUUGGGCAUUUCUUAUAAUGGGCCUUUCUGUGUCUGUGGUUUUAAUGAUUUGUGUGACUAAAGUUGCCAAAUCGGCUCUAGAUAAAGCCUUGGCGGAAAAUGAGGAUGUUGAUAGCAUUGUAGGCUCACCGACGUUACCUAUUGUGGGUGAAGCACCCGGAAAUCUCCACCAGCCUCUUAUAAUUAAGAUAGAUGCCAUCGACGAUUCUCAUGAAAAAUGAAGCGGCAUUACUUGUAAAUUCUUCUCCCCCUUCUUUAUAUGCUGUUGUUCACAUUAAUUUUCCAGUUGGUUUAGUUUUCCAUAGAGUUGAUUAUAUUGAGAAUAAGCCAUUUAAGUUUAGGUUGCUGAAUGAAAAUCAACGAAGCAAUUGACAUAUUGAGAGUAUGC